AUGGAGCGAGAUUUCUUCCAAUUUGUUCGUAAGUGCCAUCAGUGCCAAAUUCAUAGCGACUUGAUCCACUCACCCCCUUUAGAGUUGCAUCCUAUGUCUGCUCCAUGGCCUUUUGUUACAUUGGGAAUAGACGGUAUUGGUCCAAUAGAGCCAAAAGCUUCUAACGGUCAUCGGUUUAUUUUAGUUGCCAUCGAUUACUUUACCAAAUGGGUAGAAGCUGUCACGUUCAAAUCAGUUACUAAGAAAGCGGUGGUGGACUUCGUUCAUUCCAACAUCAUAUGUCGUUUUGACAUACCAAAAAUCAUUAUUACAGACAAUGCAAUGAAUCUCAACAGCCACUUGAUGAAGGAAGUUUGUGAGCAAUUUAAAAUUGUUCAUCGUCAUUCAACCCCUUAUCGUCCCAAAGCAAAUGGGGCUGUUGAAGCUGCGAAUAAGAACAUCAAGAAGAUUCUUAGGAAAAUGGUGCAAGGAUCUAGACAGUGGCAUGAGAAAUUACCCUUCGCUCUCAUGGGAUAUCGCACGACUGUUCGUACGUCAGUCGGUGCAACUCCUUACUUAUUGGUUUAUGGAACUGAGGCUGUCAUACCCGCAGAAGUUGAAAUCUCUUCUCUUCGAACCAUUGUUGAAGCAGAAAUCGAGGAUACAGAAUGGGCGAACUAUGGCGAAAAUGAAGAAGAGAGUGUUGUGAGUGAUAUACCGUGGUUUCACGGAAAUCUGUUCAAAGAUGUACGCGAAGGUUUUUGA